CCUUCGUGAAGACGUCAAUGGCUGUUUUAUUACGUUUUUGAAAAUCGUUAACGGCCUCUACGUCAAUUCCUUAAAACUUUUGGCUGAUUAGUGGUGUUAGUUAAAUUAUUUGACUCUUCCACUUUUGAACAAGAUGGCAUCGUAUCCUAAGAAGAAGUGCGGUGUCCUUGGUGCCACAGGCUCCGUGGGCCAGAGGUUUAUCCUCUUGCUCGCCGACCAUCCUUUCUUGGAGCUCCACGCCGUCGGUGCUUCGGAGCGUUCUGCCGGCAAGGCUUAUAAGGACGCUGUAAGAUGGAAACAGACCAAAGCUAUGUCCGAGGAGCUCAGCAACCUGGUUCUCCGGGAUUGUAAGGCCUCUAAGUUUGCCGACUGUGACCUUGUGUUUUCUGGUCUGAACAGUGAUAUUGCGGGUGAAGUUGAGAUGGAAUUCAUCAAGGCCGAAAUUCCUGUGUUCUCAAACGCAAAGAACUACCGCAAGCAUCCCUUGGUGCCCCUCAUUGUGCCUACGGUCAAUCCUCAUCACUUUGACCUAAUCCCCCACCAAAGGAAAGAAUUCGGUCUGAAAAAGGGUUUCCUGGUGUGCAACUCCAACUGUGCGGUGAUCGGUAUCGUCAUCCCCUUCGCCGCUCUCCAGGCCAAGUUUGGCCCUGUCGAAGAGGUUGAAGUCUUCACUGAACAGGCCGUGUCGGGGGCUGGCUACCCCGGUGUGCCCAGCAUGGAUGUUAUGGACAACGUGAUCCCUUUCAUUAGUGGUGAAGAAGAUAAGCUUGAGAACGAGGCCCAGAAGAUCUUGGGUUCUUUGAAUGUAGAUGCCACCGCUUUCGAGGAGCAGGCUGGUCUUCGAGUUGGAGCCACAUGCACUCGGGUCGGCGUUACCGAUGGUCAUAUGGCGUUUGUUUCGCUGAGAUUCAAGAACCGUCCAGGUCCUAGCGCUGAGCAGGUUGUGCAGGCGAUGAGGGAAUAUCAGUCCGAAGCGCAGAAAUUAGGGGCGCCUUCGGCCCCUAAGGAGGCGAUUCGGGUGUUCGACGAGCCUGACAGGCCACAACCAAGACUCGACAGAGACAUCUCGGGCGGAUACACUGUCAGCGUGGGUCGCGUGCGUGAAGGCGCCCAGGGAGGCUACUUCGACCUCCGGUUUGCUGCGCUCUCACACAACACGGUCCUUGGAGCCGCUGGGUCCUCGAUCCUCAAUGCAGAGGUUGCUGUCAUCAAGGGAUACGUUUGAUUAAAAUAGAGGCAUAGAUUUGAGUACAUAGGUAAUUAGAGCGUUCGAUACCAUUCUCACCAGAAAACUAUAGAUCCAUGGGAGUCAAUAGUAUAUGGGUUAUGUAAUCACCAACAGGAAGGGGGUGGAGAAAGGAGUGGGCCUAGAUCAGGACUAGCGUUAAAACAGUACACCCUAGCCCUAAUUGCCUAAUUCGGCCAAGCACAAACUCCACUAAGCGAGGUUUUC